UAAAAUCAAAGUGAAAUGGCAGAUGGUGAAUGGCUUACUCCACGACAACUAAGCGCACUUUCGUACGAAGAACAGCAAGCAUAUAUUCGUCAAACGCUUGAAGAGAGCCAAGAAGAAAUAAGUGACCACGAUUCAGUAGUUGGUGACGAGGCUUUAGAUGAAUGUGUAGGUGAUAUUGGUGGUGAUGACUCAGACUUAGAAGAGCCCACGUUACCAGAAUAUGACCCAGAGGACGACAGUGAUUCUGAUGAAGAACUUGAAGAUGCAUGAAUUGAAACUGGGGAAUAUUUUACUACCAGAGAUGGGAAUGUUUGGUCUUCGGUACAACCACAACCUGUAAGAUUCCGUACGCACAACAUUCUAAGAGUGCACAAUCUGGACCAGUACGGGCAACGCAAGGUUUGACCAUUUCAGAAACGUUCAAAUUGAUAAUGUCAGACGAAAUAUGCGACAUAAUUAUUCGUGAAUCAAAUCGAAAGGCAAGGCAAUUCUUUGAUGAUGACAAUGCAAAACAUUCAACAAGAGAACCGAGAUCAUGGAUUCCCAUAACAGAAAGUGAAUUUGAUGCAUAUUUGGGCGUACUUUUGCUAAGUGGCGUUACAUUUACGACGAUUUUGGGGAAUUAGCCGCUUCAUUCGUUUUGAUAAUGGAAACACACGCCAGCAACGCAAACAAACUGACAAAGCAGCAGCAAUAUCGGACGUUUUUUUGAUGCUAAACAGCUGUCUUCGUAGAUAUUACGUGGCAGGAGCCAACGUCACCGUAGAUGAACAAUUGUAUGCUUAUCGUGGUGGAACUGGCUUCACGCAAUACAUACCAUCAAAACCUGCCAAAUAUGGGAUAAAAGUGUGGUGGGUGUGCGACUCCAUUUCGUCCUAUCCAUUGCAGGGACAAAUCUAUACAGGAAUGGCACCGUCUGGUGAACGUGAAAGAAACGUUGGUGAAAGAAUAGUCAAAGAUUUAUGUAUCAACUUUUUUGAUGGAAGUGGAAGAAAUAUUGUAUGUGACAAAUUUUUCACUAGCUACAACUUGGCAAAAUCUUUGAUGAUAGACAAUAAUUUAUCUAUAUUGGGUACUUAUAACAAAAGGCGUACAUUCGUGCCAGCAGCAUUUGCCAACCCCAAGGGGCGUGAGGCUGAAUCGUCAAUGUUUGGAUUCUAUAAUCACGUUACGAUGUGCUCGUACGUGCCCAAGAAAAACAAGGCAGUUGUAUUAUUGUCCACUUCUCAUUAUACAACAGAAACGUCCGGUCCUAAGAAGAAGCCAUUGCUUAUAUUGGACUACAACAAAACCAAAGGUGGAGUUGAUAGCAUGGACAUGUGCUUGUCCGAAUAUAGUACCAAGCGGCGCACAAAUAGAUGGCCUUUGGUUUUCUUUUAUAAUAUUGUGGACGUUGCUGCGUUUGCUGCAUACAUAAUAUACGUUGACAACAACACUCAACUGAAGUCAUAUACAAGCCGCCGUAGGAUGUUUCUCCAUCAGCUAAGUGAGCAACUAUGCAAGCCAGAAAUAGAGAGAAGGGCGAAUAACAGCAGAAUAUCCAGAAUUUUUUCAACGCGCAACGCCAUCGAAGCCAUGAUAGGUAGGCCCAUCCGAGUUGUGGAUGCUGGAGCACAUGAAGCGGAGGAGCGUGAUAGUACGGGACGCCUAAAAGUAAAGGGGAAUUGCUACAUCUGCUCCAAACGACGCCCUACUCGUAAAGCAUGCACAUAAUGCAACAAACCAGUGUGCGCAGAGCAUUCCAAAGACUUGUCGCAAUGCGAUAGGUGUAAUUGAAUUUCAAUAAUUUUAAAUUUUUUCGUAGUUUUUUUUUAAUAUUUUUUUCAUAAGUAUUUUAUAAUUUAUAAUAAUUUUUAUGCCAUAAGUAUUUUUUUCACUCAAAAUAAACUAUACUUUUCAAAUAUUAU